CCUGAAGCUUGGACAAAUAUUUAUUGUCUUCCUUCCUCCCGGUGCAGCUCCGUGAGGCUCGCUCCUCUCAAACACAACGCCCAGUGCCUUCUGGUCUCGGUCUACUAUACAAAGCCUAACCCGCCCAUCUCUCCUUUGCAAACCCGGAGAACUGGGGUCCCCAGGUUGAAGCUCGUCGGUGGCGGCGGCGGGCAGGGCCGGGCAUGCUCAGUAGCGGGACGGGUCUAGGAAGCGAGGAGGCCGCGCGGCCGGGGGGCCCCGGGGAGGUGGGCUGCCGGGGUCCAGGCCCGGGAUCUGCGGGGAGUCCCGACUCCGCGCCCCGGGCGACUGUGCUCCGGCCCGGCGCGGAGGGGCGGGCUCUCCCCGGGCCCGGCGCGGGGGGGGCGGGGGAGCCGGCGGGAGAAGGGGAGGAGCGCUCGGCUCGCCGUCCCCCGCGGCGGCUCUGCGGCUGCCGAAUCGGAAGCCGCAGGGAGGAUCCGGGGAAAUAAAGACGCCCGGGAAUGACCUCCAGCGAGGCCGCCUGAGCCCGCGCCCGCGCGCUGCCCCCGCAGCCCCCGGCAUGGGCGACCGCGCUGGGCUGCCGGAGCGCUCGGCCCCGCACCCCCCGGGGGCCCCCGAGGACGCCGGCGCCGCGGCCGUGAACGGGCUGCUGCACAACGGCUUCCACCCGCCGCGGUCCAGCCUCCACGCCUCUGCGGCCGGGGCCCCGCGGGCGGCGGCGACACGGGGCCCCCGCGCCUCCCGCUCCUGCCGGAGCUCCAGCCGCAGCCCCCGCCCCCUCAGCACGACUCUCCGGCCAAGAAAUGCCGGCUGCGGAGGAGGAUGGACUCGGGGAGGAAGAAUAGGCCGCCCUUCCCGUGGUUUGGCAUGGAUAUCGGUGGAACGUUGGUUAAACUGGUUUACUUUGAACCAAAGGACAUUACAGCUGAAGAGGAGCAAGAGGAGGUGGAAAACCUGAAGAGCAUUAGGAAGUAUUUGACUUCUAAUACUGCUUAUGGGAAAACUGGGAUUCGAGAUGUCCACCUGGAACUGAAAAACUUGACCAUGUGUGGGCGCAAAGGGAACCUGCACUUCAUCCGCUUCCCCAGCUGUGCUAUGCACAGGUUCAUUCAGAUGGGCAGUGAGAAGAACUUCUCCAGCCUGCACACCACUCUCUGCGCCACGGGAGGUGGGGCUUUCAAGUUUGAAGAGGACUUCAGAAUGAUUGCUGACCUGCAGCUCCACAAACUGGAUGAACUGGACUGUCUGAUUCAGGGCCUGCUCUACGUUGACUCGGUCGGCUUCAACGGCAAGCCGGAAUGUUACUAUUUUGAAAAUCCCACAAAUCCUGAAUUGUGUCAAAAAAAGCCGUACUGCCUUGAUAAUCCAUACCCCAUGUUGCUGGUGAACAUGGGCUCAGGUGUCAGCAUUCUAGCAGUGUACUCCAAGGACAACUAUAAAAGAGUUACAGGGACCAGUCUUGGAGGUGGAACAUUCCUAGGCCUAUGUUGCCUGCUGACUGGUUGUGAGACCUUUGAAGAAGCUCUGGAAAUGGCAGCUAAAGGCGACAGCACCAAUGUUGAUAAACUGGUGAAGGACAUUUACGGAGGAGACUAUGAACGAUUUGGCCUUCAAGGAUCUGCUGUAGCAUCAAGCUUUGGCAACAUGAUGAGUAAGGAAAAACGAGAUUCCAUCAGCAAGGAAGACCUUGCCCGAGCCACCCUGGUCACCAUCACCAACAACAUUGGCUCCAUCGCUCGGAUGUGUGCAUUGAAUGAGAACAUUGACAGAGUUGUAUUUGUUGGGAAUUUUCUCAGAAUCAAUAUGGUCUCCAUGAAGCUGCUAGCAUAUGCUAUGGAUUUUUGGUCCAAAGGACAGCUGAAAGCUCUAUUUUUGGAACAUGAGGGUUAUUUUGGAGCUGUUGGGGCACUGUUGGAACUAUUCAAAAUGAGUGAUGACCAGUAGGGAUGAGGUGUGCAGAAGAUGGACCAGCCUUCUGUGAGGACAGAGAACUGAGAAGCGCUGCUGGAGUGGGUGAAAAUGCUGUGGGAUGGAAGUCAAGCCAUUGUGGCAGAUGAACCUGCUGGAUUUGUAAAUAAUUUAAAAAUCCUUCUAGUUGAUCUUUUACUCUUGGGUUUUGAGCUUAUGAUACAAAAUGGGGAAUAUAAGAGUUUUUUUUUUUCUGUAAACUGUAUUUUUUAAAAAAAAAAAUUUGUGCAACGUGGCCAAAACUUAACCAAUUUUAUGCAUUAACUUUGAAAAGUUGUAUGAUUUUAAGAAGGACCUGAAAUGUAAGUGCUGUUUAUUUUUCUUCUGGGGUUUACUGAUCAGUGUGGUAAUUUUAACUUCAUUUAGUAAUCACUCUAGGAGAUUUUACCUUUACUUAUAUAUUUUCAUGACGUUUCAUGAUUUGCUGUUGGUUUCAAAUGAAACUACAAAUCUGGCAUGUUUUACUGUGAACACUAUUUUGUUUUUUUUUGUUUACCUUUUUUGUUUUUUUCUGUUUGAAUGUCUUAUGGAAAAAGAGAAUCCUUUCCUGUCUCUGUCCCUGGGAUAAUUCCUUUCCCCAUAAUAUCUUUUUUAAAAGUAACUGUUCCUAUUAAUCAAGGUGCUGACCAACUCAAUACAUUGUUAAGUAUGAGAUCUAAAGCUCUCAAAGUGUCCUUGCAGAGAAAAUUCUGAAAUUGUCAAUGAAUUUAAUGAUCUGGCCAAAGUUGAAAAUUAUAUGCAAAUUUUGUCUUAUCCCUUAUGAACAUACAGUUUUUGUUGGAUUUAUUUUAUAUUAAGUUACAUUAAAUUGAGGCGAACCACCCUCACCCAUGCACAAUGUAUGAAUAGUGGACAUCCUUGUGCAGAACAUUGGAACUUGUGGGGAAAAAUCUCCUAGUAGAUGGGCAGUUCACAUUGGGAGAUCUAGGAACGGUUACAGCUUGAGGGUUCAGGUAGAAAUAUCUGUGUAUGUGUGUACAUGUGUGUACCAAGGGGCUUUGUAACAAGGCAUCUUAAAACAUAAUAAAGUUUUCUCAUUUGGAAUAUUUUAAACUGUAUUUCAAUCCCAGUUUCUAAAACUACCCAUAAAUUAUGAUGCUGAUCUAUAUAUUUUUAGUUUGAAAAAUAUCAGUGGAACUGAUGGGUAACUUUCAAGUGAGAGUCUUGUAUAAAUAUUGAAACACAUGAAGAUCUCAUGACUUAGAACUAAUUAGUCUUGAAUUGAGCAUAUUGUCGAAAGAGAUUUUUAAAGGGCAGUGCAAUUGCUCCAUGAUAAAACUUUCCUUCUCUGCCUUCUGAGCACCGUCUUUUAAUUUCCAUAUCUUCAUGUCUUGAAGAAAUUGAUGUUAAUUGAAGUUUUCACUUGUCUGGUUGAAAUAAAGCCUGUUUCUGUUGUGA